AUGGAUCCAUCAAGACCGCCUCAAUUACCACCAGUACGCCCGGUACCCAUAACCCGCGAACUCGUAUCAAAACUCACAUAUAAUGAUGAAGAAGAGGACAAAUGCAAUAGGAUGCUGGUCAUCCGAGACCUCAAACUCCCCAAGCUGAGGCGCAUCCACCCAAAGCCUGCGAUGGAACCCCUUGGCCUCCUGGACACUCUCCCCCCAGAAAUCAUCCUCUGCAUCUUGGAGUACCUCGACUUUCAAUCUCUACUCCGCCUCACACAGGUUUGCCUACGAGGAAAACAGACUGUCGAGUCGAUGCCUGCCUAUAGAGAGAUGCGUCUGUACGCGGGAGACUCCCUCAUGGCCCUGGGCAAGACUCGUCUACUGCAACAGCACUCGGCUGCUCUCCUCCGCCAGACGCUCCGCUCUGGCUACUGUGUCUCCUGCUUCGACUACGGCGGGUUUCUGUUCCUGCCGACGUGCGAGAGGGUCUGCUUCGAGUGCCUGAACCAGAACCGGGGUCUCCACAUGAUGACGCUCAACACGGCAAAGAAGUGCUUCGACCUGACCGACAGGCAGCUCAAGAGCAUACCCACCCUGUACAGCAUCCCCAACACCUACAACGUCAGGAACUACAUCUCACGGAAGCGCAUGAUCCGCCUCGUGUGUGCCAAGCAGGUCAAGAAGCUGGCCCUCCAAGUCCACGGCCCCGAAAACUUGGCCAAACUCAUCCCCAAGGCCCCGCCCCGGGGGAUAGAGAGGAACUCGGCCGAGACCAAGGAGUACUGGAUGCUCAGAGGGUUCCACGAAGCUCCGCUGGCGCCGAUAGGACGCGAUUUAUCCAUGCUACCCAUCAAUCUAGCACUCCCGGCUGACGAGUAUGGCGGAAUGGCAUCCAUACGCAUACCCUACCUAAUCAAGACGGGCUUACGGGAGUAUGGCCGCAUCUGCCGGGGGUGUCGUCUGAUAGUUGACCUCUAUGGCAAAGAUCGCCUCCCACCUGACGUUAUAAGAAGACUCGUUCCACCAGGUGUUCCUGAGUUUGCCCCGCUGUUUGGGCACGUGAACCGGCUACGCCCUGAAGGGGCCUUUCAACAUCACAUCUGCUGGUGCUUUGGCGUGAAGCAACUGCUAAUACAGUGGGAUAUCUUCCAAAACCGCAAGUUAAGGAGCCUUGAAGAAUAG